CUAGAGGCAGGACAACUGACCAUAUAAACUGAAAAUCAAUUACAAGUUGGAAGGACGAAAAAAAUGCACCAUGGCAGAGUCUUCAAGGACAAACCUUUCUACUCUCCUUUUUGGGCAUGUCCUGAACUAGCAUGGUAGGAUCAGGAUUUGGAAGUUAACAUGAAAAGCUUUGUGCUUUAGCCUCUGCCUUGUAGGUAGAGGGCAAUGCAGGGAGAGAAGCAGAAUGUUCUCUCUCAGGGUUUCCUUCCACAUUAUAUCCUCUGGGCUUUGUGGUACGGAUAAGCACAUUUUGGAUGGGAAAAACAAAGUACCACUCCCUGCAAUUUUGGGCCAUGAGGGAGCUGGCAUCGUAGAGAGUAUUGGAGAAGGUGUAACCAGUGUAAAACCAGGAGAUAAAGUUUUAACGUUCCCUAUUCCUGAAUGCAAAGAAUGUCAAUUUUGCUUGCAUCCCAAGGGUAACAUGUGUUUGAAGGAAAAGGUCCUGUCUCCAACUGGAUUAAUGUUAGACGGAACCAGCAGAUUUACUUGCAGAGGAAGGAAGAUUUAUAAUCUUUUUGGCACAAGCACAUUCACUGAAUAUACUGUAGUACAUGAAAUUGCAGUGGGGAAAAUUGAUGCUGCUGCUCCCAUGGAUAAGGUCUGCAUCAUGAGCUGUGCAGUGCCUACAGGCUUCGGAGCUGUGUUUAACACUGCAAGGGUCACCCCAGGUUCCACCUGUGUGGUUUUUGGACUUGGAGGAGUCGGCUUAGCUGUUGUCAUGGGCUGCAAAGCCUCUGGUGCUUCUAGGAUCAUCGGGGUUGACAUCAAUGAGAAGAAGUUUCCCCCGGCAAGAGCACUAGGAGUCACUGACUGUCUCAACCCACGGAACCUCAAGAAACCUGUCCAGGAGGUGGUGAAGGAAAUGACAGGUGGUGGUGUGGACUUUGCCUUUGAAGUUAUCGGAAACACUGAUACCGUGGUUGCAGCUUUGGAAUCAUGCCACAUGAGCUAUGGAGUAUGUGUGAUGGUUGGAGAAUCACCCUCAAAUUCACGACUCUCCUUUGACCCAAUACUGCUUCUCCCUGAGAGGAGCCUGAAAGGUAGCAUUAUGGGAGAGUAUAAAACGAGAUCUUGUAUUCCUAAACUGGUAACAGAUUAUAUACAAAAAAAAUUUAACACAGACCCACUUAUAACCCAUCAGUUGCCUUUUCAAAAAAUUAACGAGGCGUUUGAAUUGCUCCAUGGUGGAUACUGCAUCCGUUGUGUCCUCUUGUUCUGAGAUCCAGAUCAUGAAGAUUAAAAAAAUGAACAUCUCAAAAAAAAAAUUAUCUCCUACAAUGAUUCUCCAGUCCUCUUUAUCCCCUGGGAAACUUUGUUGCAAUACAUAGAUGCCAGCAUAAGAAACGAUUUAUAACAUUUUAAGAAAUAAAACUACUACAAUAAAAUUAACUAUUUUAGAACACAUUGACAUUU